AUGCGACUUGGCGAGGCAAACGCAGGGUGUCAAGUGGCGCUUGCAAGAGGAAGCCACUUGGAUCAGGACGCGACGGUCGUUCGCUUUUUUGCGCAGUCUCCAAGUCCAGAGGCCGUCUCUUCUGCUUUUUAUGAGAUGCUCAGGCGGGGCAAGACUGGCUGGCAGAGAGGCGAGCGACGCGAAAAGCGAGUGCCGCGCGGCCUAAAUCCGGGCGGGGCCUGCCCGUUCUCGCGCGCUCGUAGUCCUUCUGCUGCACGUAAAUCGUCGCGUCCUUGCUACUAA